GUCCCUGUGACAUAACUAGUAUGAAGUGGUUGUGUAGAGACAACAUAACCCAUUCGUCAAUAAAUGGGAGCUAAGAACUCCAAAACAAACUUUGUUAUGUAAAAUAGCCUACUAUUCUGUUUUUGUCGGGUUUUCACAGGGACGGACUAUUUUGCUGUGCCCCCUGCGCGCGAUGGACGCAAAUAUUUUUUGAAUGAAUCCAUCGAUGGAAAUCUUCUCUCGGCGCCCGCAUACAACUGUAGAUAUUUUUGCAUCGACUCAAAUGAAUAAAAUAUAAUUUUGGUCAAUUACAAACUUUGAACAAAAAUGUCCAUCAUACGCUUGACUGAGAGGGAAAACAGAAUCCUACUUGGGCGUGAGAAUUAAGGACAGUUGCAUUCCAUUUGUUCAAUUUCUUUAGAUCCUGACGCAUCUUGAUAAGGACUCGGCCUUACACUAAUGUUAUAGAAAACCAUGUUUGACUAUAUGGAUUUUCUCGCAGUUGGUCCAGGGGAAACGCUGGACUUCUAUACUGCAAGUCCUUGUAUGCUCCUGGAACCAUCUCAAACCGCAUGCUUCACUGGACUAACAGAAACGGAUUGGCAAGUUCAUCGGGUCGCGCAAUCUGUGGAAACCCAGAGCUCCAGCUCAGAGGACCUGUUCGCCAGUCCUCUCUCACCUCUGCCCCCUCCUCGCACCUACAAACCCUGCUUCGUGUGCCAAGACAAGUCCUCAGGCUACCACUAUGGCGUCAGUGCUUGUGAGGGCUGUAAGGGUUUCUUCCGUAGAAGUGUCCAGAAGAACAUGGUUUACACGUGCCACCGGGACAGUAACUGCAUCAUCAAUAAGAUCACCAGGAACCGCUGUCAGUACUGCCGGCUACAGAGGUGCUUCGCCGCGGGCAUGUCCAGGGAGUGUGUUGCCCACAAGGGAAAUCACACCAGAGCUGUCAGGAAUGACCGGAGUAAGAGGAAGGAGAAGAAGGAGACUCCCAAGAUGACCAUCAUCGAGACAUAUGAGCUGACAGCAGAACUGGGCUGUAUAGUGGAGAAAAUCUGUAGGGCUCAUAGAGAGACCUUCCCUUCCCUCUGCCAGUUGGGCAAAUACACUACAAACUCAAGCUCAGACACUAGGAUCCAGUUGGACCUGGGGCUGUGGGAUAAGUUCAGUGAGCUGGCCACCAAAUGUAUCAUCAGGGUUGUGGAGUUUGCCAAACGGGUUCCUGGUUUCACCGGCCUGACUAUAACUGACCAGAUCACCCUCCUCAAAGCGGCCUGUCUGGACAUUCUGAUUCUGCGGAUCUGUACAAGGUACACUCCUGACCAGGACACUAUGACCUUCUCAGACGGGCUGACCUUGACCCGUACACAGAUCCACAACGCUGGCUUUGGCCCGCUCACAGACCAGGUGUUCACCUUCGCCGGCCAGCUGCUGCCCUUGGAGAUGGAUGACACAGAAAGUGGCCUCCUCAGCGCCAUCUGCCUGGUGUCUGGAGACCGCCAGGACCUGGAGGAGCCGUCUAAGGUGGAGGUCCUGCAAGAGCCCUUACUGGAGGCCUUGAAGAUCUACUCCCGUAAACGCCGGCCCAGCAUGCCCCUUAUGUUCCCCAAGGUCCUCAUGAAGAUAACCGACCUGCGCAGCAUCAGCGCCAAAGGAGCUGAGCGAGUGGUGACGUUGAAGAUGGAGAUCCCAGGUUCCAUGCCUCCUCUUAUCCAGGAGAUGCUGGAGGAGAUGGAGAACCUGGAGAAGCAGAAGCAUUCUGAGGAGGAGCAGAGAGCAGACAAGAACAUCACACACACACACUCUCCAUGUCCACACAGUACAUAGACACCAGCCUGUUUGCUUGAAAACCUUACUAAAAUGAAAAAUAUACCUCCAAUGGGAUGUCCCAGAAAGGAAAUUAUGAGGAUGGUGAAAUGUGAACAAUACCAGUGAAAACAGUGUAUUCAGAGUUAUAUAAAGGGAAUUGUAAAUAGAACCAUGCCACAGAACUUAGUUGUGACGUACACAAUUUGUAAGUCGCUCUGGAUAAGAGCGUCUGCUAAAUGACUUAAAUGUAAAUGUACAGAGAGCAAAGAGAAUACUCAUAACUGGACGUGACUGGAGAUACAACAGGACCAGCCUGUGUGUUGGUCAGUAUCAUAAGGUGCUUAGAAGAUGGUUUAAAUACAUACAGUGCAUUGCAGUACUAGAGAGUAGCUUAACAUAUUAACCUCACACAGAGAGCCUUUCUAUACGGAUGGGAGUGGGAUUCAUGUGAAUUGUGACUAGACAUUCCAUUGUGGUGUGACACAGGGGCAAGGCAUGACAAUAUGCAUGAUAUGGAUUCAGUUUAACUCUCAAAAAGGGAUGCAUUUUUCGGAGGUUAUUACUGGGUGUGUGUAGGUCACAAAUGUACGAGAGAUUUUAAAACAGGUACCUACUCUAAAGUAAGGGGGUUCACGUUUCCAUUAUUUAAAGUCUUGCAUGAUUGGCUUUGUUAAGUAAGUGCUAUUACUCUCACCAUGUCAACAUAUAUUCUUCAUACCAUUGUAUGGUUAUGUUUAUCUCUAUGAUGAACGGCAUGGUGCUUUUUUGUGAUAUUGAUUAUAAUCCUAUUUCAGAUAGUUAUUGGUCUAUUAAAGUCUUGGAACUAUAUAUAA